CUCUUCAUUGGCCGCGGCGCGCACAGAGGAGGAGGAGAAACCGUCGGACUGGCACGAAUUCCUCAGCGCUCCUCAGAUUUCUCCGAAGCCCGUAUCCCGCUCGACUCCGUCCCGACAGACCACCACCUCCGAGCGGAGCAGCCUUCAGAAAACGAUGUUGCGAAGUGUGGCUGUGCUCCUGCUGCUGGCCGCGGCUCUCUGCAACGCGCAGGAGCUGCAGAGCAAGAGCAAAGUGUGCGCCAACGUGUUCUGUGGAGCCGGCAGAGAGUGUGCGGUCAGUGAGAAGGGAGAGCCCAGCUGUCUCUGCAUAGAGAGCUGCAAACCCCACAAGAGGUCCGUGUGUGGCAGCAAUGCUAAGACCUACAGAAACCACUGUGAGCUGCACAGGGAUGCCUGUCUGACUGGUUUGAAGAUCCAGGUGGCUCAUGAUGGACACUGUCAGGAAAAGAAAAGCCAGCAGGCAGCUGCCAGUCCAGUCGUAUGUUAUGCUGCCGACCGCAAUGAACUGAGGAGCCGUGUCAUCCAGUGGCUGCAGACAGAAAUUGUCCCAGAUGGCUGGUUUGUGAAAGGAUCCAAUUUCUCUGACAUCCUGCUCAAAUACUUCAAGUCGUACGACAAUGGGGAUUCUCAGAUGGACUCUGCUGAGCUGCUCAAGUUCAUCCAGCACAACGAGUCGGUGGUUGAGCUGCAGUCGUACGCGGACCAGGAGAGCAACAAGCUGCUCAGGAGCCUCUGUGUUGAUGCCCUCAUCGAGCUCUCCGACGAGAAUGCUGACUGGAAGCUGAGCUUCGACGAAUUUCUCAACUGCCUGAAACCUGGCUUCAAUCCACCAGAGAAGAAGUGUGCCUUGGAGGAUGAGACGUACGAGGAUGGAGCCGAGACCCAGGUGGAGUGUAACCGCUGUGUUUGUGCAUGUGGCAACUGGGUCUGCACUGCCAUGACCUGUGCUGACAAAGCAGCGACUGCGGAUGACUCAGCCGAUGCCGGGGCGGAGAUGACUGAGGAGGAGUGGAACCUGCGCGUGGCGGAGCUCAAUAAGCACCAGGAAACAGUUGAAAAGAUGAAAGCCAGCACAAAGGAGGCCUGAAUAAGGAAGCAGUGAAGGAGAGGAGGCGCCAUCACCUUCUUCCAUACUUGAUUUACACAACGGCCAUGUGUUGUUCUUAAACUCACUUGUUCAUGUUUCAUUGCUAUGUUAAUUAUUAUACGUUUUUUUACAUUGUUUAAUUAUUUGUGUUUAUGUUUGUUAGAUCCAGGGCCUAGCAAAGAGGUUUCUAGGAUCCCUUUUUGUUCUGUACUGUCAUAUUUGAUUGUGUUACUGUGCCUCUACAAUAGCUCUGGGGCCGUAUUUUACUACAAUCCUAUUUUUACAACUAUUGUGAAACCAACUGUCGAGUCGAUACUAUCUUGGGACGUGGAAGUCACUGUUAGGUUGGACCGUUGGAAAGCUGUUUAAAUAAGAAACUGCUGAGGCACAGUGGAAGCUGACUACUUGACACAUGGUGCAGCAUAUUUCUCUACACCCUCGGAUUUUACAGUUGGUUGGUUGAAGAACCAGGAUAAGAGGAGAAAUCUGCUAUUGAUUUAGACUUUUGUUGCCAUUUAGAACCACAGUAGGCCACUACUUGACCAAGGCACUUAGCCUUUCUUUCUUGCUUUCUUUUAGUAGUAAAGUAAUAAGUUUGCAAAAAUAUUCUGCAAAAAAGCUUCAAUGUACAGUAUGCUACUGGACUGAGUCAGAACUCAUCUACUCCCCAUGACAUGCUCAUACAGGUCUCAGAUGUUUUGAGACAAUUUUCUGUCUGUUUUCACUUUUUGGCGACACCAUGGUCCAGCUUUGAGCGUGGAGCAGCACAACGGCACCCAGGUGAGACCUUGUGUGAACAUAGCACGGGGAAAAAUGAAACCAAAGUCUUAAUGAAGUGUUUGAAUGAUGUACUGAAUUCUCCAGGUAAAACAUUACUCUGGACCCAGCAACAACACUAUACCUGUGCUUUCAAAAUCACUCUAACAGAAGGACUAGCCUCACUGUCAGCUAACGUAGGUUAGUCGCAUCUCUCAGCAGAUGCAGAUGCAUAUGCGUGUGUGUGUGUGUGUGUGUGUGUGUGUGUGUGUGUGUGUGUGUGUGUGUGUGUGUGUGUGUGUGUGUGUGUGUGGCUGUGUGUGUGUGUGGCUGUGUGUGUGUUUGCUUUGUGUGUGUUGCUGAGAGUAGUUUUGAUUUAUUUGAUUUCAAUGCCGUUGUUUGUUAAAAUCCUGUAGGGAACUGAGGUUUGAAAAUACAAAUCAGUGCCUUAAACCCGCGAGCAGUAAACUACAGGCCUCUACCUUUACCUGCACAUCUAGGCUUUCAUGCCGCAUGACAUAGCAGGAAUGAGUGUGCUUUGCUGAAGCUUAGCUUCUUUUGCUUUGCCGUCCCGUCCUUGAUAAAUGUCUGUGUGAAUGUUGCAUUACUAGGUUCAUAGGUUCAAGUUAGAUCUUUAUAUUCCAUUAAAGGCUCAGAGACUGUAAGGAAAAUGUACUCAUGCCAAUAAAGCCCAUACACCACAAUAAAGGUUUGUCGCUUUG